UUUAGCCGUAAAGAAAUGUGUACCAUGUGAUUGUCGUAAACUAACUAAAUUGAUGUCCUUGGUUUCUCGAGUAGUAAAGACAGCUUGCUACCAAUUUAACUAUGCCUGUCUCGAAGAUUCCUGGGGGGAAAGCAUUGGACAUUUUAAAAACCUUGCCAAAGAUAACACUAGCAAACCUCAGACCAAACCCUGGAUCCAAGAAAGCUGAGAGGAGGCGAGGUAGAGGUCUCCAUGGAGGAUGUAAAAGUGGACGAGGUCAUAAAGGAGAGAGGCAGCGAGGUAAUCGUCCUCGGUUGGGGUUUGAGGGAGGACAGACCCCUUUUUACUUGGUGAUUCCAAAAUAUGGAUAUAAUGAAGGUCACAGUCGGCGGUUGCAGUAUCAGCCUUUAAGUCUCAAAAGACUUCAGUAUUUAAUAGAUCUUGGCAGAGUGGACCCCACUCAGCCAAUUGAUCUUACCCAGUUGGUGAAUGGCAGAGGGGUGACGGUGCAGCCUCUGAAGAGAGACUAUGGAGUACAACUAGUGGAAGAGGGCGCUGAUAUCUUUUCUGCAAAGGUCAACAUUGAGGUUCAGAUGGCCUCUGAGGGUGUAAUAGCUGCCGUAGAGAGAAACGGUGGUGUCAUUACAACUAGUUUCUAUGAUCCAAUAACUCUCGGGAUCCUCUGCAAGCCUGUCCCAUUCUUCCAGAGGGGUCAGCCCAUCCCAAAGCGAAUGCUUCCCGGGGAAGACAUGAUUCUGUUCUACACUGAUGCUAAAAACCGAGGUUACCUGGCAGACCCAGACCAGGUGCAGCAAGCCAGGCAAGAACUAGCCCAGAAGUAUGGUUAUGUUUUACCAGACAUUUCCAAAGACGAGAUGUACCAAAUGUUGGCGAUGAGGAAGGACCCACGGCAGAUUUUCUUUGGCCUUGCUCCUGGCUGGGUGGUCAACAUGGCGGAGAAAAAGAUUUUAAAACCAACAGAUGAAAAACUGCUCAGAUAUUAUAAUUCUUGAAAAUAAAUGAACUGAAAAAAGUCACGUAAUGCAUAAAAUAUUGUCCUGAUUAUGAUUGCAAUUUUUUUUGUAAGGCAAAUGUAAAAAAAGAAAUGUUGCAGUAAAAUACUCCAUAUGUUGGGACGUGUUUUUUGCCGCUUCAUUUGCUGCACACUUACAGACAGAUGUUAGUCACAGGAAGUGGCAAAAGGAGCUAAAUAGUACACUCUGAAGUACCGUGCUGAUUAAGGAACUGGAGCAACAUGAGCUUCAUUAAUGAUUUUAAUAUGAUGGUUUCUCUUUGCCACAUUUUACCCCUCAGUUGCAGAUGAAAGUACUUCAGCAAAUUAGCAAGGGAGCCCAGGCUAGUCACUUAAAGCGAGAAGUGGACCGUUUGAUAGAAGGAACGUUGAGCUAUCCAGGUGAAAGGGAAACAAGGAAAAUAAGAUAACUCUAUGAAUCAAAACAGGAAACAGAUGCCCAGUGAUGUGUAUUACAUGUUAAAUGGAGUUCCUUGGCUGAAAGGGGGAAUAUGAAAUUAGUCAUAGGCAGCUGUAUCCUGGUUAGGGCUCUUAGCUAUCGCAGAGCCCCCCAGAACACAAUCGCGUAGACACGCGCUCAAUGGCAUGCCCCUCGAUGCUGUUGAGCUCAGAUACAAUUCCAGGUGCUUUCCAUGGAGCAAAAUUUUUAAUAUGUAUUUAAAAAAGAAUGCAGGGAUGGUACUCGAGUGUGGAAAUCUCUUCCUGGCCCCUCUCAAAGGCAUGGAUCGUGUUGUCUUCAGGGGGGAAAAAAUGGUCACUGACUGCAUAUUGGACAUCACUGCUCCAGGCCUACAUUCCAAACAUUUAACACUGAAUAUAGCAUAUUUGUGCCCAGUCCAAUUAGCACUUACCAUUAGUGACCAGGCCAUUAUGAAUGUUUUGUCUUCAACUGAGGAAUCAUGGAUGGUUUAUUCAUCCUAAAUUAAACAUUAAACAGUUACUAAUGCAUGUCAAUGUAAGUCCCCCGUGAUUUAUAAUGUGCUAAAUGUUGGUUCUGUGUUUUAAAACUAGACCUUACCUACCUGGUUCAAUUGAUCAGUUCUUUCUGUUUAACUGUAAAGUGUGUGAAAACUUGUUUAGAUCCACACUGGCUCAUUGUGCCAACCAUGUAACGUAUCGAAUUAGUGCAAGAAAUAUUUAAAUUACACUGAUCACAUUAAACCUCUUUUACUUUA